CAGGCUCGUAACAGUGAAAAAGCCAUGUAAGUUUCAAGUAUUGACACAUUUGUAUUUUUCUUCUUUUUUAGUGAACAGUUGGUAAAAAGAUAUGCUUGUUAAAACUAAUAUGGUUGUGACUUGAACAUUUGUUAAUUAAGUGCUAGCUACUAAUAGAAUGGUAAUAUUACAAAUUGCAUACAAUGAGAAUCAUGUUUUAAUUGAUUAUUUAAAAUUUUUCUUACGUCAGGACAACUCUGGCCAGGUGGAGAGCUUCUCAGGUUGGGGGAAUAAAGGAGAAGGUUAGUAUUUUACACUUUAGAAAUCUAAAACGUGUAUUUUUUAAGUACACAUAAGGAAAUCUAGAAGAAAUUUUGACAAAAAUUACAGCAAUUUAAAAUAAUAAUCUAGAAAAAAAAAACUGAAUAUUAGAAUUGCAUUGGUUUUUAUUAUUUUUUUUAUAACAUGACAAAACGACGUUAUGUCACUUUGUAACAUCAAUAAGUCAAGGCCUUCAAUUUUUUAACACCUAGUUUAUUCUCUCAUACCUUAUCAGGAUAGACGCCCAUACCUUGCAUCAGAUUGUGAUAACCUUCAAGAAGCUGAGAAAUGGCGAAGGCAAAUCAUAGGAGAGAUAUCUCGAAAAGUUGCACAAAUUCAAAAUGGUCUGUUAGCUUUUUUUUUUUUGAAUUAAUAAAUAUGUUUUAUGUUUUUCUAUAUCAGGAUCAUACCAUCAUUCAGUUAAUAUGUAUAAACUAUAUAAAUAACCAAGAUUUCAUUAUAAUUUUAGUAAUCCAAAGUUUUAACAAAAUCUUUACCAUUUCACAACAGAAACCAUGUUUAAUUUUUUUUUUUUUUUCUUUUAAAUUUAGAUCUAGAUAAAAUGAUAUCCUUCAAAGUGUAAAAUUAAUAAAUUACUAAACUGUGGUUUCUUUUUUGAAUUUCCAUAUCUUUAGCUGGUUUGGGAGAAUUCAAGUUACGGGAUUUGAAUGAUGAGAUUAACAAACUGUUGAGAGAAAAGGGACAUUGGGAGGACAGGAUCCAAGAACUUGGCGGACCAGACUACAGGGUAUGACUUUAUCAUAAAACUGAUUUUUAAAUUAAGUUGUUGUUGUAUUACCAAAGUCAUGCUGGGUAUAUGUUUAUUAUAAAUGUGACAUAAAAUGUUAUUUCCAAAUAAUUUUGUCUGAGAUUUUAUUUUUAUUACUUAUAUAAGUAUUUUGUUUUUGCAUAACAUAGUCAAACCUCAUCAGUUGCACAUUCACUAACAAAAUACUGAAAUUUUCAUCUUUGUUUGUCACAAACUAUCAGAAAACUGGACCAAAAAUGUUGGACAGUGAUGGAAAAGAAGUUCCUGGAAACAAAGGCUACAAGUAGGUGAAAAAAUCAUUGGGAAAAAAUUCAUUUGCUUUCUAAGUGUUUUUUUGUGUUGUUUUUUUUUUUUUUAAUAUUUGUUUUGCUUUGCCGCAAUUCUUGAAAAUAGUUGGGAUGAAUUAUUUUAAUUUGCCUUCUUUUUAAAUUGUUUUUUUGUUUGAUAAGUGGGAUUAAAUAUAUUUUUCAAUUCAAAAUUCUUUUGUAAAAAGAUGUUUUUUUCUUCUCCUCUCAGAUACUUUGGUGCUGCAAAGGAUUUACCUGGCGUCAGAGAAUUAUUUGAACAGGAGCGUAAGUAAAAUAAAACAUUUGAACAUGUGAUUUAACUUUAUAAUAUUUUAAACAAUUAAAAUAUUGAUGUAAAUGUGUGUAUGCCUUUUGUUGUCUUUAUGAAUAUUUUAGAAAUCUUAUAUCAGAGAGUGGGGUGGCAUUCAAUCUGAUUGAUGCAUUUUUUACCAGAGUGUAAAAUAUGGGCAACAAUUUUUUUAUAUUUUUUUUUAUUGUUGAAAUUUCAGCACCUGCCCCACCUCGUAAAACAAGAGCAGAGUUGAUGAAAGAUAUUGAUGCUGAUUACUAUGGUUACAGAGAUGAAGAUGAUGGCAUCAUAGUACCUUUGGAGAUAGAGGCAGAAAAACAAGGUAUGUAUUGUGAAUGAACACUGGCAAUUCUUAUUAAAGGGUUUUUAUUAGGUGAUCAUCAUCAUGGGCAUGGUUUAAGUCUUUUUUUUUUCACUCUAUGCAGCAAUAAAGGCUAAAGUUCGAGAGUGGAAAGAAAAACAGAACCGAGUUAAAACAGGAGAAAUGACUGAGGAAGAGGCUUGUGGAAAAGAGGAGGAGUUAUUUUCUAAAGAUGAGGUAAUGAUUUGUACUGAACUGCAAGAAUUGAACGGAAAAAAAUAAGCAUUGUAAGAAAUACUUAAUGAUUAUUUAGAAUUAUCAGCCAGUCCACAUAUUGAAGAAAAAAAAAGACUAUUGAAGGAAAAUUAUUUUUAAAUGUCUUAAUUAUUACCGGUAUUUAAACAAGUUAUUGCUUCAUGAAAUAGGAAAAUCCUUAUUACAGCAUGUGUCCUUUUAGAGUUGCUUUCAAUUGGCAAUUUAAAAUGUAUGAUUCAUUCAUGUUGAUCUUAUCCUCAAAAUAACAGAGCAUUCAGAUAAAUCUCAAAACAAUAUUGGGGAAUGCGGAGUCAUAAUUUAAGAAAGAAAUUAAGUAAAUAUUAUCAAUCACCUAAAUAUUUUUUAAAAAUGAAUAAUUUGAGAAAUUGAUGAGAUUCUUUCAUAAUGAUUUUUAUACAAUUCCAAGUUGGCAGAGGUUGAUGAUGAUGGUGAUGCAGAUGAGGGUGGCAGUCAGGAUGAGACGAGUAUGGAUGUCACCAUUAAUGAAUUGGAGAAACAACAUUUUAUUGCACAUGUGCCUGUCCCAUCUCAAAAAGAUGUAAGUAAAUUUCAGCUUAUUUUUUGUUUAACAUUGCUGAAUCAAAUGAAAUUUGUAAUGAAAUAUAAUGAGGUCAAAGCCUUUUUUUUCUUUACUUUUUAAUUUAAAAAGGUUUAUGCAACUAAGCAUUGCCGUCACUUGACUUUAGGAGCUACUUUUCAGUUUUGUGCCCCCUCUGAAGUGAAAGUUGAUAGUUUAUUUUUUUCCACAUCACAACUUGGGGCUCCUUAAUUACCCAAGGCCCAGUGCAGGCGCAAGAAAUGCAGGGCUCCAUGCAAAAGCCCUGCAAAAAGAACAUGAUUUGCCUAAGAGAAAACAAAAUAUAAUUUCAAAGUAUUAACUAUUGGAUUUGCCAAUGAUGAGUCUUCUCCUGGCAUAUAUUUAACUUUAAUUUUAAUGCACAUGAUUGUCAUGUGCAAACAUUUCUUAAAUUUUAGAAAAUGAUGCAUAUCCAUAACACUGAUAUGGUCAUAGUAUUGGAGGUUUUUGCCCCCCAGAAUGUGUAGUUGAAAUUGUGAAUUUCAAUCACAUAAACCUUUAAUAUAGUAAAUUUUUUUUUUACCACUGUCCAGAUUGAGCAAGCAUUAUUGCACAGAAAAAAACUGGAGUUGAUACAGAGAUAUGCAUCAGAGAGUUUACAGGAAGAGGAAACUGAAGCUAGAGACAUGUUAGGGGUUAGCUAAGGCAUUUAAGUUGGUGUGUGUGUGUGUGUUGGGAGGGGGGGAGGAGGGGUUGAGAUUAGGUGUAUGGGUGAUGUAUGUAGUUUAGACAAUGGUAUGGGCCGGGUGAUAAGUGUUCCCCUUGGUUAUGUGCUUUUAUAUUAGGGUGUGAAUUGUCAGAUAUGAGGAUGUGUGUUCCAUUCCAUAAGUAUGUGUGAUCCAUGACUGGUGUUGGACUAUUUCAGAACAAGAAAAAUAUUGUAGAUAAGUAUCUCUAUAAUGUUUAAAAAUUAUGUAUUCAUGGUAACAAUUGGUUCAUCUGAACAUUAUUAUUAUGUUUUCUCAAUGGUUUGGGGGA